UUACAUACAAAUAUAUAGGGAAAAUCUUUUAAAAUCUUCUUCUCAAGAACCACUGAGCCAGAAUAACUGAGAUUUAUAUGAAAGCUUCCUUAUAUAAUGCAGAUUCUAAAUUAUUAAAAUCAUGGCCCCCGGGGGUCGGAUGGGGCCACAAUAGGGGGUCAAAGUUUUUUUUGUUUUCUUUUGUUGUUGUUUUUUUUUUUAUAUAGUGCAGAUUCAAGUUCGUUAAAAUCAUGGACCCCGGAGAUUGAAUGGGGCCUCAAGGGGGGCAUAAAAGUUUUACAUACACAUUUAUAGGAAAAAUCUUUUAAAAUCAACUUCUCAAGAACCACUGAGCCAGAAAAGCUGAGAUUUAUAUGAAAGCUUCCUGAUAUAGUGCAGAUUAUAAAUUGCUAAGAUCAUGGCCCCCCGGGGGUCGGAUGGGGCCACAAUAGGGGGUCAAAGUUUUACAUACAAAUAUAUAGGAAAAAUCUUUAAAAAUCUUCUUCCCAGAACCACUAAGCCAGAAAAGCUGAGAUUUAUAUGAAAGCUUUCUAAUAUAGUGCAGAUUCAGGUUUGUUGAAAUCAUGCCCCCCUGGAGUAGGAUGGGGCCACAAUAGGGGAUCAAAGUUUUACAUACAAAUAUAUAGGGAAAAUCUUUAAAAAUCUUCUUCUCAAGAACCAUUGGGCCAAAGAAGUUCAUAUUUACAUGAAAGCUUUCUGACAUAGUGUAGAUUCAAGUUUGCAAAAACCAUGGCCUCCAGGGGUAGGUUUGGGGCCAUAAUAGGGACUACGGUUUUACAUGCAAAUAGAUAUGGAAAAUCUUCUGACAUGGACCAAGGUGACUCAGGUGAGCGAUGUGGCCCAUGGGCCUCUUGUUGUCGAUAGAACUGCAUUGCGCAAGUUACCUGUCAACUUUGAUAUUUAUAAAGCUAAAUUCUUUUUCAAAAAGUUCAAUUUUUUAAGAGGGGGUGGGUGUUGUAAAAUACCGUGGAGGGGUGAAUUGAUUUCUAGAUAAUGAGAAGGGGAAUAACAAAGAAUGGAAAUGGUUCCGCCAAGUUUCACUAAUUUUCUGCAUAUCUACAUUAAUCGGCCAGUAAUCUGAAUACAGUCGUUGACUUUGACAGGAAAUCUAGCUAUCUGGCAAUUUCCGACUCACAAUAGAAAUCUCCGGGACCGGCGACAGUAUCAUAUCAAGUAUCCAUUAAAUUUAAAGUUAAUUUCAAGCAGGUUAUCGAGAGAGAGAGAGAGAGAGAGAGAGAGAGAGAGAGAGAGAGAUUAUAUUAUUUGCUGUUAAAUCAACACCCUUAAAACAGCACACAUUGCAACAUUGCAUUUCCUGACUGCACUGGAUACAUUUGAUAUUAUGUAAAGUAUGACACGGAAAAUCAAUACUCUUGGACAGGUCGAAGUAUGCAUUCUGUUUGUUUAAGGUAUUUAAAUGUCCGUAACACGACUGUAUAGAGCGCAACACUGAACUACAAUAUUACACUACAUACGUCUAUUUCCACGUUCAGGGUUUUUUUUUUAGGAUCGGAAGAGGAAGUCCUAAGUGACAAGGCGUCAGGAGAGAGACUGGAAAUUCCUGAUACAGCGUCGACUGCGUGUGGAAACAGUAUCGGAUUUUCAUUCUGAAUCAGGUCAGUGCAUGUCCGCGAUUCGUUAGAUUAACUUGUAUUGUGGAGGUCUAUCGGUGGAGCGUGACGAGUAAUAUUUUCUUAAAACAUGUUUUCCACGGCAGUAAUUCGGGUGGAAAACGGCGAAGUCGUUGGUUGAGGAUCGAUGGCGUUUUAUCGACCAGAUAACGGGAAAGACAAUAGAAUGUAGUGUACAGGAUAUAUAUACACAGUACAGGAGUAUGACUGGGGAUUUGUGUGUCGCGACAUGAGGAGAGUACACCGUUGGAUAUAUACGGUUGUGGGCGUGUAUACGCUGUGUACCUUUCUCAUAUGGCGGACGGAGAACGGUGGGGCGUUGUAUGCUGCUGUCGAACUGACCGAUAAUGGGGAUUCCCUGCAGGGGGAAACUCGCAACACGGUAAAAACGAACGUCGACAAAACUCUACCACCGAAUCGAGUGCUUCCAAAGACCGAGGCCACUAAAGGCCGAGGUGCUAAAUGUCCAGGCCUCAACCAGCCGUUUAGUACCCUGAAAGAUUCCUGGCAGCAAGCGAGUGGAAACAAGGUGUAUGUGUACUCCGCUUACUUCGAGCCCAGUCGGAACCAAGUGGUGGUGAUAGGGGUGCGGGACAAGCUUGCCGGACCCGUCCUCUGGUGUCAACUGUGGGCAGAUGAUGGGAGGCUGGAAGUCACCAGGGCCAUGCAGCGGGACAUGCCCGAGGGGAAGGGCAGAAAGUACAUCUGUUCCUUUUACACUUGUCCGGUGCCUUCCGAAUGGAAGCUGAAACCAACAGCGUUGUCCAUGGCGACAUCGGAGUGCGGAAAACCGACGUCAUCAGUUUUUGUGCACGGACCGGAGGGAGACAAUGGAAACUUUACUGUCUGUGUUACCCCUCUGAAUUUUA